GGAUUGUCUGAUUUCUCCUGAGGAGCUGCAAAUAACCCUCGGAGAAGGAUGGCAGAGGGAGAGGGGGGAGAUGAGGAGAUACAGUUCCUACGAACGGAAGACCAAGUUGUGCUCCAGUGCAGUGCAACUGUUCUGAAGGAGCAGAUCAAACUAUGCCUUUCCUGUGAGGGGUUCGGGAACCGUCUGUGCUUUCUUGAGACUACAUCAAAUGCACAGAAUGUGCCGCCUGAUCUGGCAAUCUGUGCCUUUAUACUGGAGCAGUCGCUCUCGGUACGAGCCCUGCAAGAGAUGCUGGCAAACACCAUGGAGAUGAUGGAGUCAUCUCAGGGAGGGGGUCACCGAACGCUGCUCUAUGGUCAUGCCAUCCUCCUGAGACACUACCACUCUGGCAUGUAUCUGAGCUGCUUGACAUCAUCCCGGUCACUUACAGACAAACUGGCUUUUGAUGUGGGCCUGCAGGAGGAUUCAACAGGGGAAGCAUGCUGGUGGACCAUCCAUCCUGCAUCCAAGCAGAGGUCAGAGGGUGAGAAGGUCAGAGUAGGAGAUGACCUGAUCCUUGUUAGCGUGUCAUCAGAGAGAUACCUGCAUCUAUCCUAUGCCAGUGGGGACCUGAUGGUAGAUGCCUCCUUCAUGCAGACUUUAUGGAACAUGAAUCCGAUCUGCUCAGGCUGUGAGCUGGCAGAGGGGUACGUAACUGGAGGUCAAGUCUUAAGACUGUUCCAUGGUCACAUGGACGAGUGUCUGGCCAUCUCAACACCUGAUCAGGGAGAGGAACAGCGCAAGAUUGCACAGUAUGAAGGAGGCGCGGUAUGUAAUCAGGCCCGUUCAUUGUGGAGACUUGAGCCUCUGAGAAUCGGUUGGAGUGGUAGCCACAUGAAGUGGGGCCAGGCCUUCCGCGUACGUCACAUCACAACGGGUAGAUACCUGUGUCUGGACGAGGAAAAGGGACUGAUGGUUCUCGACCCAGAGAAAGCCAACACCAAGCUGUCUGCUUUCUGUUUCCGUGCAUCGAAGGAGAAGGUGGAGGGGGCUCAAAAGAAGCGAGAUGUGGAAGGAAUGGGUGUUCCUGAGAUCAAGUAUGGCGAGUCCAUGUGCUUUGUGCAGCAUCUCUCCACAGGGCUGUGGCUCACAUAUGCUGCUCUAGACGCCAAAGCAGCUCGCCUGGGAACCAUGAAGAGAAGGGCCAUUUUGCAUCAAGAGGGCCAUAUGGAUGAUGCACUGACUAUGUCUCGCUCCCAGACAGAAGAAUCUCAGGCUGCUCGUAUGAUCUACAGCACCACUGGCCUUUUUACACAGUUCAUCAAAGGUCUCGACUCUCUGAGUGGGAAGAACAAAUCCCCUGGUCCAGUGUCCCUGCUGCUGGAUGGAGUAAUUCUGUCGUUGCAGGAUCUGAUCCACUAUUUCCAACCUCCAGAGGAGGAGCUGGAACACGAAGAGAAGCAGACCAAGCUGCGCUCUCUACGUAAUCGACAGAACCUCUUCCAAGAAGAGGGGAUGAUCACAGUCGUGCUGGAGUGUGUGGAUCGUCUGAAUGUCUACAACACUGCUGCACACUUCUCUGAAUUUGCUGGGGAGGAAGCGGCAGAGUCUUGGAAAGAGAUUGUCAACCUACUCUAUGAACUGCUUGCGUCUCUGAUCAGAGGAAACCGUGCUAACUGUGCUCUGUUCUGCGAUAAUCUGGACUGGCUAGUCAGUAAACUGGAUCGUCUAGAAGCGUCUUCAGGCAUUCUGGAGGUGCUUUACUGUGUUUUGAUUGAAAGUCCUGAAGUCUUGAACAUCAUCCAGGAGAACCACAUCAAGUCUAUAAUUUCUCUCUUGGACAAACACGGUCGCAACCAUAAGGUUUUAGAUGUGCUUCGCUCUCUCUGUGUGUGUAACGGUGUAGCAGUGAGGUCCAAUCAAAACCUCAUCACAGAAAAUUUGCUUCCGGGUCGUGACCUUCUGCUGCAGACUAACAUCGUUAACUACGUAUCAAGCGUGAGGCCCAAUAUCUACUUGGGCACGUGUGAAGGUUCUACACAGUACAAAAAGUGGUACUUUGAGGUGAUGGUGGACUAUGUGGAGGCAUUUGUGACAGCACAGGCUACACAUCUGCGUGUGGGCUGGGCAAUGACUGAAGGCUACAGUCCUUACCCAGGAGGAGGAGAGGGCUGGGGUGGCAAUGGGGUGGGUGAUGACCUCUACUCUUAUGGUUUUGAUGGCCUUCACUUGUGGUCAGGCCAUGUAUUGCGUCAGGUCGCUUCACCCAACCAGCACAUCCUGGCAGCAGAAGAUGUUGUGAGCUGCUGUCUGGAUCUGAGCGUGCCCAGUAUCUCCUUCCGUAUCAAUGGUCAUCCAGUCCAGGGGAUGUUUGAGAACUUCAAUGUUGAUGGCCUUUUCUUCCCUGUUAUUAGUUUCUCUGCUGGAGUAAAAGCUCGCUUCCUGUUGGGUGGUCGUCACGGUGAUUUUAAGUUCCUACCCCCUCCCGGCUAUGCUCCGUGUUAUGAAGCUCUUCUCCCCAAAGACAGGAUGCGCAUUGAGCCCAUUAAGGAGUAUAAGCACGACUUUGAUUGUGUCAGAAACCUGCUAGGUCCCACACAGUCCCUCACGCACACCUCAUUUACUCCCUGCCCUGUUGACACUGCCCAGAUUGUACUACCUCCUCAUUUGGAGCGCAUCAGAGAGAAGCUUGCAGAAAACAUCCAUGAGCUUUGGGCCGUGACCCGGAUUGAGCAGGGUUGGACCUAUGGAGUGUUUAGGGAUGAUAAUAAGAAACUGCACCCAUGCCUGGUGGACUUUCAGAGUCUUCCAGAACCUGAGAGGAACUAUAACCUUCAGAUGUCUGGAGAGACCUUGAAAACCCUAUUAGCUCUUGGCUGCCAUGUAGGCAUGGGAGAUGAAAAAGCAGAAGAGAAUCUGAGGAAGAUCAAACUACCCAAAACAUAUGUGAUGAGCAGUGGGUACAAACCUGCUCCCCUGGAUCUCAGUCAUGUCAAACUGACACCUAAUCAGAAUCAGCUGGUGGAGAAGCUGGCCGAAAAUGGGCACAAUGUGUGGGCACGAGACAGAGUGAGACAGGGUUGGACCUACAGCAUUGUGCAGGACAUCAUGAAUAAGCGUAAUCCUCGUCUGGUGCCAUACAACCUGCUGGAUGAGAGAACCAAAAAGACCAACAGAGACAGUGUGAACAAUGCAGUACGCACACUGAUUGGUUAUGGAUACAACAUCGAGCCCCCAGAUCAGGAGAGCAGUGGGCAGGGUGUUGACAAUGCACGUGGAGAUAAAGUGCGUAUCUUCAGGGCAGAAAAGCAGUAUGCUGUUACCUCAGGAAAAUGGUACUUUGAGUUUGAGGCUGUAACCAUAGGAGAGAUGAGAGUGGGCUGGGCCCGACCAAACGUCCGCGCUGAUGUUGAGCUUGGUUCUGAUGAGCUGGCCUAUGUCUUUAAUGGAAACAGGGCUCAGCGAUGGCACAUUGGUAAUGAGCCAUUUGGGCGUCAAUGGAUGUCUGGUGAUGUGGUGGGCUGCAUGAUAGACCUCACUGAAAUGAACAUCAUGUUCACUCUUAACGGAGAGAUGCUUAUCAGCGAUUCUGGCUCUGAAAUGGCCUUCAAAGACAUUGAGAUUGGAGACGGUUUUAUUCCAGUCUGCACAUUGGGUCUGUCUCAGGUGGGUCGUAUAAACUUGGGUCAGAAUGUUAGCAGUCUGCGCUACUUUGCCAUCUGUGGGCUUCAAGAAGGCUUUGAGCCAUUCGCCAUCAACAUGAAGAGAGACAUCACCAUGUGGUUCAGUAAGAGCCUGCCCCAGUUUGUUCCAGUGCCUACCGACCACAACCACAUUGAGGUGUCUCGUGUGGAUGGAACUGUGGACAGUGCCCCCUGUCUGAAAAUAAUGCACAAGACAUUUGGAUCCCAAAACGCUAACACAGACAUGCUGUUCUUCAGACUGAGCAUGCCUGUGGAGUUUGACCUGACCUUCAAGGUGCCCGCAGGCACCACUCCUCUUACACGCACCCUCACCAUCCCAGAGGACGAGGUGCUGGAGGUAGACCCUGACUCUGAGUUUGAAGUGCUGAAAAAGUCAGCCAGUCGCAAAGAGCAGGAGGAGAAGGAAAAGGAGCCAUCAGUGCCCAAAGAUGUACAGAGCAUUAAAGAAAAUGACAAAGACACUGCAUCGGAGAAAGGAAAGAAGAAAGGUUUCCUGUUUAAGGCUAAAAAGGCAGCCAUGAUCACCACUCCCCCUCCUCCUCCUCUUAUGCCACGUUUGUUUGAAGAUGUGGUGCCUGAUGAUCGUGAUGACCCAGAGAUCAUCCUCAAUACGACCACAUACUAUUACUCAGUGCGUAUCUUCGCCGGGCAAGAGCCUAGCGGGGUGUGGGUGGGCUGGGUCACCCCGGACUACCACAUGUAUGACCUCAACUUUGACCUGUCUAAGGUCCGUACUGUCACUGUGACAGUUGGAGACGACAAGGGCAAUGUACAUGACAGUAUAAGGAGGAGUAACUGUUACAUGGUGUGGAGCGGAGAGUUUGGCAACUCCCAGCAGAAGUUCAGCCAGGAGGAUCUAGUAAUUGGUUGCUUGAUUGACCUGGCAACAGGUCUCAUGACUUUCACAGCCAACGGGAAGGAGAUCAACAGUUUCUAUCAGGUGGAGCCCAACACAAAACUGUUCCCAGCUGUGUUCAUAAUGCCGGGCAGCCAGAACAUGCUACAACUGGAGCUGGGAAAACUCAAGAAUAUCAUGCCUCUUUCAGCGGCCAUGUUCCGUAGUGAGCGUAAGAACCCGGUGCCUCAGUGUCCACCUCGGCUGGACGUAGAGAUGCUUACCCCAGUGAUCUGGAGCAGGAUGCCAAACCAUUUCCUGAAACCAGAAGUAGGACGGGCCAGUGAAAAGCAUGGCUGGAUGGUGGAAUGUACAGAGCCUCUCACCAUGAUGGCUCUGCAUAUACCUGAAGAGAACAGGUGUAUUGAUAUCCUGGAACUGUCUGAGCAGCAUGAUCUACUGAAAUUUCACUAUCACACUCUGAUGCUUUACUGUGCCGUAUGUGCAUUGGGCAACAAUCGUGUGGCCCAUGCUCUUUGCAGUCAUGUGGACGAAUCACAACUCUUCUAUGCUAUCGAAAACACCUACCUGCCUGGCCCCCUUCGCAGCGGCUACUUCGACCUUCUCAUCAGUAUUCACCUAGAGUCAGCCAAACGCAACCGCUUAGGAACUAACCGGGAGUUCAUCAUUCCCAUGUCGGAAGAGACCCUCAGUAUUACACUUUUCCCGGAUGCAAAGGCAGCUCAUGACCUGCCUGGAGUGGGCCUCACUACCUGCCUCAGACCCAAGCUACACUUCUCCCCCAUCAACUUUGUGGGCACUGACCCAGACCUUUACACCCUCAGCCCCAUUAUCCCACUGCAGGAGCUGAAGACCCAGGCUCUGAGCAUGCUGACCGAAGCUGUGUUUGAUGGCAGUCAUGCUAUGCGCGAUCCUGUAGGGGGCAGCGUUGAGUUCCACUUUGUUCCAAUCCUUAAACUAAUCAGCACCCUCCUCAUUAUGGGCAUUUUCAAUGAUGAGGACGUCAAGCAUAUCCUCAAGAUGAUCGAACCCAGUGUGUUUGGAGCAGAAGAGGAGGAGGCAGGAGAGAAAGAGGAACCAGGAGAGGAAGCUGCUCCCAAGGAGGAGGGAGAGGAGUUGAAAGAGAAAGAAGAGUUGGCUGAAGUAGAGGAGGCGGUGGAUGAAGGAGUAGGGGAGGAGGAGGAGGAGGAGGAGCUGAAAGCCCUGAAGAAGGAGGGAGAAGAAGGCAAAGAGGUCGAGAAGGCAGUGGAGGAGGAGGAAGGAGAGAAGGUUGAUGGGGAAAAAGCAGAGGAAGAGAAGGAGGCAGAAUUACAAGAGGAGGCCAAAGAGGAGGAAGAGGAAGCACCGGAGGAGGGGCUACUCCAAAUGAAGCUUCCAGAGUCUGUCAAACUGCAGAUGUGUACACUUCUACAGUAUUUCUGUGACUGUGAGCUCAGACACAGAGUGGAGGCUAUUUUGGCAUUCUCCAAUAACUUCAUACAGCAGAUCCAAACAAACCAGCGUGAACGGUACAACACGCUAAUGAGAGCAUUUACAAUGUCCGCUGCAGAAACUGCUCGCAGGACCCGAGAGUUCCGCUCCCCUCCGCAGGAACAGGUUUUCCUGUUGACUAACUUUAAGCACAACCCAGAGGAGGAGGACUGCCCAGUGCCUGAGGAAGUGCGAGAAACCCUUCAGAAAUUCCAUAAUGACCUCCUGAAUCACUGUGGUGUCCAUGUUGAAGAAGAAGAGGAGGAGGAAGAGGUGGAUGCGUCACUCAGAGGAAGACUGCUCAGUCUGGUGGAGAAGGUCAAGAGCCUCAGGAAGAAAAAGGAGGAAGAGGAGCCAGAACCAGAUGAAGAACCCAAACCUAGCACAUUACAAGAGCUGAUAUCCCACACAAUGAUUCACUGGGCUCAGGAAUCCUUCAUUCAGAACCCUGAGCUGGUGCGGCUGAUGUUCAGUCUUCUCCACCGGCAAUAUGAUGCUCUGGGAGAGUUGAUCAGAGCAUUGCCUAAGGCCUAUGCUAUCAACGCUGUGUCCAUACAGGACACCAUGGACCUGCUGGAGUGCCUGGGGCAGAUUCGCUCCCUGCUCAUUGUCCAGAUGGGCCCAGAAGAGGAGAGGCUUAUGAUCCAGAGCAUUGGUAACCUCAUGAACAACAAAGUGUUUUACCAGCACCCUAAUCUGAUGCGAGCCCUGGGCAUGCAUGAGACAGUCAUGGAGGUCAUGGUAAACGUGCUGGGAGGUGGAGACUCUAAGGAAAUUCGAUUCCCACAGAUGGUGACCAAUUGCUGUCGCUUCCUGUGCUACUUCUGUAGGAUCAGCCGUCAGAACCAGCGAUCCAUGUUUGACCAUCUCUCAUACCUGCUGCAGAACAGUGGCAUUGGACUGGGAAUGCGUGGAUCCACGCCUCUUGAUGUUGCUGCUGCAUCCUGCAUUGACAACAAUGAGCUGGCCCUGGCUCUUCAAGAACAAGACCUUGAGAUGGUGGUGACGUACCUGGCUGGCUGCGGCCUGCGGAUGUGUCCCAUGCUCCUGUCUAAAGGCUACCCUGACAUAGGAUGGAAUCCAUGUGGAGGAGAGAGAUACUUGGACUUCCUGCGCUUUGCUGUGUUUGUCAAUGGUGAGAGUGUAGAGGAGAACGCCAAUGUAGUUGUUCGUCUGUUGAUUCGUCGGCCUGAGUGCUUCGGCCCUGCCCUGAGAGGAGAGGGUGGUGCAGGUCUGUUAGCUGCCAUUGAGGAGGCUAUUAAGAUCUCUGAAGACCCUGCCAGAGAUGGGCCGACUCCUAAAAAGGACAGACGUUUCAUGUUUGGAGGGGAGGAGCAACAAGAGGAGAACAGAGUGCAUCUUGGGAAUGCCAUUAUGUCAUUUUACUCAGCCCUUAUUGACUUGUUGGGUCGCUGUGCCCCUGAGAUGCAUUUGAUCCAAGCAGGUAAAGGCGAAGCUUUGAGAAUCAGAGCCAUCUUGAGGUCACUGGUGCCCAUUGAAGAUCUAGUGGGAGUCAUCAGCUUACCUGUUCAGAUUCCCACCCUUGGCAAAGAUGGUCAGAUAGUUGAGCCAAAAAUGUCAGCGAGUUUCGUGCCAGACCACAAAGCCUCCAUGGUGCUUUUCCUGGACAGAGUGUACGGCAUUGAAAACCAGGACUUCCUGUUACAUGUGCUGGAGGUGGGCUUUCUGCCCGAUAUGAGAGCUGGAGCUUCACUGGAUACGGCGGCGUUUAGCACCACAGAGAUGGCACUGGCUCUGAACCGUUACCUGUGCUCCGCUGUGCUGCCUCUACUCACUAAGUGUGCCCCACUGUUCGCUGGCACAGACCACCGUGCCAUUAUGAUCGACUCUAUGCUGCACACUAUCUAUAGGCUGUCCCGUGGCCGUGCUCUUACUAAAGCUCAGAGAGACGUCAUUGAGGACUGCCUCAUGUCUCUUGUCAAGUAUUUGCGGCCAUCUAUGUUGCAGCAUCUGUUGAGGAGGCUUGUGUUUGAUGUGCCAAUCCUAAACGAGUAUGCCAAGAUGCCCCUCAAGUUGCUGACCAAUCACUAUGAGCGUUGCUGGAAGUAUUAUUGUCUGCCUAAUGGAUGGGCCAACUUUGGAAUCACAUCAGAAGAGGAGCUGCAUCUUUCUCGGAAACUCUUCUGGGGCAUCUUUGAGUCCCUCGCACACAAGAAAUUUGAUGCAGAGCUGUUUAAGAUUGCCAUGCCCUGUAUCUGUGCCAUUGCGGGUGCCAUCCCUCCAGACUAUGUAGAUGCCAGCUAUUCAUCCAUAACUGAGAAGAAAGCAUCUGUUGAUGCUGAGGGCAACUUUGAUCCCAAGCCAGUGGAGACAACCAACACAAUCAUCCCUGAGAGGCUGGAUGCCUUCAUAAACAAAUAUGCUGAGCACACGCAUGAUAAAUGGGCCUUUGAGAAGAUCCAGAACAACUGGACAUUUGGAGAGGUUCUAGAUGAGAAUGCCAAAACCCAUCCCAUGCUGCGGCCAUACAAGACUUUCUCAGAAAAGGAUAAGGAGAUCUAUCGCUGGCCCAUUAAAGAGUCCGUCAAGGCUAUGCUGGCAUGGGAAUGGACUCUCGAGAAAGCCAGAGAUGGAGAGACUGAGAAAACAGAGGUGAAGGCCACCAGGAAGAUCUCUCAGACUGCUCAGGCCACCUAUGACCCAAGCCAGGGAUACUCUCCCCAGCCAGUAGACCUAACAAGCAUGGCAUUGUCCAGAGAGCUACAGUCCAUGGCAGAGCAGCUCGCUGAGAAUUACCACAACACAUGGGGCCGCAAAAAGAAGAUGGAACUGCAAGCCAAGGGUGGUGGCACCCACCCUUUGCUGGUACCAUACGAUACGCUGACAGCCAAGGAGAAGGCAAGGGACAGAGAGAAAGCCCAAGACCUGCUCAAAUUCCUCCAGUUCAACGGUUAUGCGGUCACCAGAGGUUUGAAGGACAUGGAGCAGGAAAUUUCCUCCAUUGAGAAGCGCUUUGCUUACGGGUUCCUACAGAAGCUGUUGAAGUGGAUGGAGAUUGCACAGGAGUUUAUUGCUCAUCUUGAGGCCGUUGUGAGCAGUGGAAGAGUUGAGAAAUCUCCUCAUGAACAGGAGAUUAAAUUCUUUGCCAAGAUUUUGCUUCCAUUGAUAAACCAAUACUUUAAGAAUCACUGCCUGUAUUUCCUGUCCACACCAGCAAAAGUCCUGGGCAGUGGUGGCCACGCCUCCAACAAGGAGAAAGAGAUGAUUGCAAGUAUCUUCUGUAAGUUGGCCGGUCUGGUGAGACACAGGGUUUCCCUCUUUGGCACUGAUGCCUCAGCAGUGGUCAACUGUCUUCAUAUCUUGUCCCGCUCACUGGAUGCCAGGACUGUGAUGAAAUCUGGGCCCGAGAUUGUGAAGGCUGGUCUGCGCUCUUUCUUUGAGAGUGCUGCCGAUGAUAUUGAGAAGAUGGUUGAGAACCUCAAAUUGGGGAAGGUGUCCACCAAAAACCAGGUGAAAGGUGUAUCUCAGAAUAUAAACUACACCACCAAUGCUCUGCUGCCAGUGCUCACCUCUCUAUUUGACCACAUCGCCCAGCACCAGUUUGGAGAUGAUGUCAUCUUGGAUGAUCUGCAGAUAUCCUGUUACCGUAUCAUGUGCAGCAUCUACUCCCUGGGCACUGUAAAGACCCCUCAUGCCGAGAACCAAAGACCUGCUUUAGGAGAGUGUCUGGCUCAUCUGGCUGCUGCCAUGCCUGUUGCCUUCCUGGAGCCCCAUCUCAAUGAAUUCAACGCCUACUCUGUGUACACAACCAAAACCCCUCGAGAGAGAACAAUCCUGGGUCUGCCCAGUCAAGUACAGGAGCUUUGUCUAGACAUCCCUGAGCUCGACGUGUUGAUGAAGGAUAUCGGGCAUCUGGCAGAAUCUGGGGCCCGUUAUACAGAGAUGCCACAUGUGAUUGAGAUCACCCUGCCCAUGCUGUGUAACUAUCUGCCUCGCUGGUGGGAGAGGGGACAAGAGAACUUCCCAGAGCAGGAGGGUCAACUUUGCACUGAUGUCACCUCUGAGCAACUUAAUCAAUUGCUGGGCAGCAUCAUGAAGAUUGUCGUCAAUAACCUGGGCAUUGAUGAAGCUUCCUGGAUGAAGAGACUGGCAGUGUUUGCUCAACCCAUCGUGAGCAGAGCAAAGCCAGAGAUGCUGAAGUCCCACUUUAUCCCCACCAUGGAGAAGCUGAAGAAGCGCAGUGGAAAGGUGGUGGCUGAGGAGGAACAGCUGCGUAUGGAAGGGAAGACAGAGGUGGACAGCGAGGAGGGAACCAUUCGCGAUGAAUUUGCUGUGCUCUGCAGGGAUCUGUAUGCUCUUUACCCGCUGCUCAUCAGAUACGUGGACAACAACAGGGCAAGAUGGUUGACCUGUCCUGACCCUGAUGCUGAGGACCUCUUCAGGAUGGUUGGAGAAGUCUUCAUUUUCUGGUCUAAAUCUCAUAACUUCAAGCGUGAGGAGCAGAACUUUGUGGUGAUGAAUGAGAUUAACAACAUGUCCUUCCUCACUGCUGACAGUAAAAGCAAGAUGAGCAAGGCCGGGGACGGAGAGGGUGGAGGCUCAGAUGUUGAGCGGACCAAGAAGAAGCGCCGUGGGGACCGUUACUCUGUGCAGACGUCACUGAUUGUAGCGGCCCUGAAGAAACUGCUCCCCAUUGGUCUCAACAUGUGCUCUCCUGCAGAUCAAGAGCUCAUAAACAUGGCCAAGAUCCGCUACUCCCUGAAAGACACAGAUGAGGAAGUAAGGGAGUUUCUGCAGAAUAACCUUCAUCUACAGGGCAAGGUGGAGGACCCUUCCAUGCGCUGGCAGAUGGCUCUGUAUAAAGAGACCUCAGGUAAAGCUGAAGAUGCUGAUGCACCAGAGAAGGUUGUGAAGAGAGUCCAGGAAGUUUCUGCUGUUCUCUACCACCUUGAGCUGACUGAGCACCCAUACAAGUCUAAGAAGAUGGUUUGGCACAAGCUUCUGUCCAAACAGCGCCGUAGGGCAGUGGUGGCCUGCUUCAGAAUGACACCACUGUACAACAUCCCUAGGCACCGGGCAUCUAACAUGUUCCUUGAUGGAUACAAGCGCAACUGGAUUGAAAAUGAGGGCUACUCGUUUGAAGACAAAAUGAUAGAUGACUUAUCUAAAGCCAUGGAGCAGGAAGAGGAAGAAGAGGAAGAAACUGAAACAAAACCGGACCCCCUUCAUCAGCUCAUCCUUCAUUUCAGCCGCACCGCUCUCACCGAGAAAACUAAACUUGAAGUGGAUCAUUUGUACAUGUCAUAUGCUGAUAUUAUGGCAAAAAGCUGCCACAUUGGUGAGGAGGACGAAGGGGGAGAGGAGGGGGGUGACGAGUCAUCCUUUGAGGAGAAGGAGAUGGAAAAACAGAGGCUUCUUUACCAACAGUCACGCCUACAUAAUCGUGGAGCAGCUGAAAUGGUGCUACAGAUGAUCAGUGCCUGCAAAGGAGAAACAGGAGCCAUGGUGUCCUCUACUCUCAAACUUGGCAUCUCCAUCCUCAAUGGUGGCAACAGUGAUGUUCAGCAGAGAAUGUUAGACUACUUGAAGGACAAGAAAGAUGUCGGCUUCUUUUUGAGCUUACAGGCCCUUAUGCAAACCUGCAGUGUUCUGGACCUGAAUGCGUUUGAGAGGCAGAAUAAGGCUGAGGGGCUUGGGAUGGUGUCUGAGGAGGGCUCCAACAUCAGGCUAGAACGUGAGGAGAAAGUGAUGGCGGAUGAUGAAUUCACUUGCGACCUCUUCCGCUUCCUGCAGCUGCUCUGCGAAGGCCACAACAACGACUUCCAGAACUAUCUGCGCACACAGACAGGCAGUACAACCACAAUCAACAUCAUCAUCUGUACUGUUGACUAUCUGCUCAGACUGCAGGAGUCUAUCAGUGACUUCUACUGGUAUUACUCUGGGAAGGAUAUUAUUGAUGAACCAGGCAAGAGGAACUUCUCUAAGGCAAUGACAGUUGCUAAACAGGUCUUCAACAGCCUGACAGAGUAUAUUCAGGGUCCUUGCACUGGUAAUCAACAGUCUCUGGCACACAGCAGAUUGUGGGAUGCCGUGGUGGGCUUCUUACACGUGUUUGCACACAUGAUGAUGAAGCUAGCACAGAUCCCUGACCCAGGACUCCGAAAUGGCGAUCAUUUCUGGAGUAGAACACACUCCGAGGACUCCAGUCAAAUUGGUCUGUUGAAGGAGCUCCUGGAUCUACAGAAGGACAUGGUGGUCAUGCUUCUCUCUCUACUGGAGGGCAAUGUUGUGAAUGGCACAAUCGCUCGCCAGAUGGUUGACAUGCUGGUUGAGUCAUCCAGCAAUGUGGAGAUGAUUCUCAAGUUCUUCGACAUGUUCCUCAAACUGAAGGAUAUUGUGGCGUCAGAUGCCUUCCGUGACUAUGUGACGGACCCUCGUGGCCUCAUCUCCAAGAAGGACUUCUCCAAGGCUAUGGACAGUCAGAAGCAGUACACACCAUCUGAGAUUCAGUUCCUGCUGUCCUGCUCCGAGGCCGACGAGAACGAGAUGAUCAAUUUUGAAGAGUAUGCUGAUCGCUUCCAAGAGCCAGCAAAAGACAUCGGCUUUAACAUUGCCGUGCUGCUCACCAACCUCUCUGAGCAUGUUCCUCAUGACACUCGCCUGCAGAAUUUCUUGGAGCAAGCUGAGAGCGUGCUGAACUAUUUCCGCCCCUUCCUGGGCCGUAUCGAAAUCAUGGGCGCCAGCAAGAGGAUUGAGCGCAUCUACUUUGAGAUCAGCGAGGCCAAUCGCAACCAGUGGGAGAUGCCUCAGGUCAGAGAGUCAAAGCGGCAGUUCAUCUUUGAUGUGGUCAACGAAGGUGGGGAAUCUGAGAAGAUGGAGCUCUUUGUGAACUUCUGCGAGGACACCAUCUUUGAGAUGAACAUCGCCUCGCAGAUCUCCGAGCAGGAAGAGGAGGCUGUGGAAGACGAGGAUGAAGAAGAAGAGGAGAGCGGUGGUGGAGGAAACAGAGAAGGAGAAGGAGAGGAAGGCAAUGGAGAAGAAGCACCACCUGAAUCCAGCUCAGCAUUUGCUGAUUUCAUUAAGAGCGUCGUGAAUUUCCUAAGCCUGUUCACUUUCCAUAAUCUCAGGCGCCGUUACCGCAAAAUCAGGAAAAUGACCAUAAAGGAUAUGAUUGUUGGCUUGGUGAUGUUCCUCUAUACGGUCCUCUUUGGCAUUUUACAUUUCAUCUACAGCGUGUGCAAAGGCUUCUUCUUGCUCAUCUGGAACACCCUCUUUGGAGGUGGUCUUGUGGAGGGAGCAAAGAAGAUGACGUUGACAGAGAUUUUGACUAACAUGCCCGACCCAACUCAGGAUGAGGUGCACGGUGACCUGCCCCCCGAGCCUGGAGCAAGAAAGGUUCAAGAAUCAGGUGGAACUGGGGAGGGCGAGGAGGGAGCAGGUGGAGGAGAGGAAGAAGAAGAAGAUGGAGAAGAGGCUGAUGGAGGAAGGCCUGGGUUUGGUCCGUAUGGUGGACUCGGAGACAUGGGAGAGACUGAGCCAGAGGAGCCACCAACUCCAGAAGGCAGCCCACUACUGAAGAGGAAACUGCUGAGUGAAGGAGGAGAAGUAGAAGGAGAGCUGGUAGAGGAGGAGAAAGUAGAGGAAGAAGCAGCCCCAGAACCAGAAAAAGCAGAUGCUGAAAAUGGAGAGAAGGCUGACAAGGAGGCAGAGGCAAAGCCAGAGGAACAACAAGAUGAGCAAGAGGAGAAAAAGACAAAGGCUAAAGCAAAGAAAGGCAAGAAAGAGGCAGAAAAGGGCUUUGAACUCUGGAAUGAACUUGAAGUCCAAAGAAUUAAAUUCAUGAAUUAUUUGUCUCGCAAUUUCUACAACCUGCGCUUCCUGGCUCUGUUUAUCGCCUUUGCCCUGAACUUCAUUCUACUCUUCUACAAGGUGUCUGACAGCCCCCCUGGUGAGGAGGAGCUUGAGGGAUCAGCUAUGUUUGAGGGCUCUGGUGUAUUCGAGGGCUCUGAUAUAUUUGAUGGCUCAGGUGUUUUUGAGGGCUCUGGUGGAGAGGCUGAAGGUUCCGGAAUGGAGGAGAAUGGAGAGGAAGAUGAUGAAGAAAGUUUUGUCUAUUACUUUCUGGAAGAGAGCACUGGAUAUAUGGAGCCUGCCUUGGCCUUCUUUUCAAUUUUACACACCAUUAUUUCCUUUUUGUGUAUCAUCGGCUACAAUUGUCUGAAGGUUCCUUUGGUCAUCUUCAAGAGAGAGAAGGAGCUGGCCCGUAAACUGGAGUUUGAUGGUCUGUAUGUAACUGAGCAGCCAGAGGAUGAUGACAUCAAGGGCCAGUGGGACAGACUGGUCCUCAAUACACCGAGUUUCCCCAACAACUACUGGGACAAAUUUGUGAAGAGAAAGGUGCUGGAGAAGUAUGGUGACAUCUACGGUAGAGAGAGAAUCGCUGAACUGCUGGGAAUGGACCUAGCCGCGCUAGACGUCAGCGCUAUGACACACGAGAAGAAAGCUCAGUCUGAUCCCUCAAUGUUUACUUGGUUGACGUCUAUUGAUAUCAAGUACCAAAUCUGGAAAUUUGGUGUUGUGUUCACUGAUAAUACCUUCCUGUACUUGGUUUGGUAUACGGUUAUGUCACUGCUUGGUCACUACAAUAACUUCUUCUUUGCCUGUCAUCUGCUGGACAUCGCCAUGGGCGUCAAAACCCUGCGCACCAUCCUGUCCUCUGUAACCCACAAUGGCAAACAGCUGAUGAUGACUGUGGGUUUGCUGGCUGUGGUGGUCUACCUCUACACCGUAGUGGCCUUCAACUUCUUCCGAAAGUUCUACAACAUGAGUGAGGAUGAAGAUGAACCAGAUAUGAAGUGUGACGACAUGAUGACUUGUUAUCUAUUCCAUAUGUAUGUGGGUGUGAGGGCCGGUGGUGGUAUAGGAGAUGAGAUCGAAGAUCCGGCUGGUGACGAGUAUGAGCUUUAUCGUGUGGUUUUUGAUAUCACCUUCUUCUUUUUUGUCAUCGUCAUCCUGCUAGCCAUCAUUCAGGGUCUGAUCAUUGAUGCCUUUGGUGAGCUGAGAGAUCAGCAGGAGCAGGUCCGAGAAGACAUGGAGACUAAGUGCUUCAUCUGUGGAAUUGGAAGUGACUACUUUGACUCGACUCCGCAUGGCUUUGAGACGCAUACGAUGGAGGAGCACAAUUUAGCCAAUUACAUGUUCUUCCUGAUGUAUUUAAUCAACAAAGAUGAAACCGAGCACACAGGACAGGAGUCAUAUGUAUGGAAAAUGUACCAGGAGCGAUGCUGGGAUUUCUUCCCGGCUGGUGACUGUUUCAGGAAGCAGUAUGAGGAUCAACUUGGCUAAUUCUACAUCUUGGAAAAAGUGUGUGUUUGUGUGUCCGAAUAUAACUUCAGCUACUGUGGUCAGAGAGAAAAUUUUGAAAAAUAGCCAAAAGAAGGGAACAAGAGAUAAAUUACCCACUGUAGCCUUGAUUCUGUUCUCUCGACCCUCAUCAUAAGCCAACACAUCACACUGACCACACAAACUCCCUCAUAAUACUUAAGACCUUUUGAUUUCCCCUUGUGUUUAACUAAAUGAGAGAGAAAUGAGCAACCAUUGUGUUUCGGAGAUAAGGAAGAAGGUAUUUUAUACACUACAUGGCCUUUACUUCUCCAUAAAAGAAGCUAAAAUGAACUAACACCCCUAAACAAAGCCUUACUUUCCUCUCUCUGUUUUGUCUGUCUGUCACUUUGAAUCUUAAAAUUAUCACAGUGCCUAAUGUCGAUCUAUUACUACAUUGAGAAUUUAAGUAUGAUGAUUUUAUUGAUAGUCUGUACCUAUCUUUUUAUGUGUAGAGCACUAGCUGUCUAGAACCUUUAAUUUAGCCUAUAUAGUAUAGCUUGGUUUUAUGUCUAUAUUUAUUUAUUUAUGUAUACCACAGAAAUAUAGCCAUAUGAGUUGUAGCAUCCUGCUCUGUGACUUAUAUGCAGAGAAUUUUGACAAGUAUUAAGCCAGGCUUUUUACCUGGGACCUCGUGCAAUUUUGAGAAUGCGUGCAACAAACGUACACCGAUCAGCAACAACAUUAAAACCACCUGCCUAAUAUUGUGUAGGUCCUCCUUGU